AUGUCUAACAUUUUGUUUGCUCCGUCGACCGAUGUGCUCGCCACGGCCUCGGCCGCGGCCUCGCACCUCUCGACCCACGACGCCAUGCUUGUCGAGCUGAUGGCAGCUGCUGCAGUGGUUGCCGCCCGACGCAGUGGCGCUUCACCUCCGCCGCCGCCUCCGCCGCCAUCGCCACCAACCAAGGCCGAUUUGGCUGCUGCGCCGUGCUCGAUCUGUAUGGUGGAGCUGGAUGACGAUGCGGCCGGAUGUUCAGAAUCGUCUUUGGCCGACGGCUCUGAUGCCACCGCUACCGUCGGGGCGCUCGUCUGCAAGAAAUGCAGCGCGCCGAUGUGCUCGAGCUGCGUCCCCUACACCGUUGAGGCUGCGGUGCGCGAGGGUGAGCUUCCGUACUGCGGGGCGUGCAGCCAUCCGCUGGAUCUCCGCGCGGUGGCUGUGUGCGCGUCUGUGCCGCCGUCCGCUCGGGCGGCGGUGCUCUCCAUCGACGCUGAGCUGCAGUGCACGGUCGACGGCAAGCAUCGGAUCAAGUGCUUUGGGUGCAACCGGACGACGUCGAUUGCUGAUGCCGUCUCGCGCGGUCUGAUGCGGACAAAUUGCGUCCACUGCUCGAUGCGGCUGUGCGUGGUGUGCGAGAGAGUCUUUCCGGCCACCCACGCCCUCGACGAGACCAUGCAUCGCGAGUGCAGGGCGCGAUUUGCGCAGCUCCGCCUGUUCCGCCAGUUUGAGGAGAUGAUGAUGGAGUGGACAACGCGGGUCUGUCCUGGGCGUUGCGCUGCGGGCAAGCGCGGGGUCAAGGACUCGGCGUGCACUCACAUGUCGUGCACAUGCGCGACGUCGCGGUGGUGCUUCGUGUGCGGCAAGGCGGCAUCGGCGGUCGGCUCGCUCUCUGAUCACUCGGCGUACCGCGGGCCGUGGCAGACCUCGCCAAGCCACUGUCCGAUGUACCUGUACCUACUGGCACACGUCGACGCGCGCAUCGCAGCACUAGGUUGCGGACGCGCCGACUGCCGUCCCGACGGCUCGUGCCCGUGCGACUCUCGCUGCCGCGCCACCCGCGAUUGGGCCGGGCAGACGUUGCUUGCCACCAUCCGCGUCCGGGCCCACAUCCUCGAGUUCAUGGCAACCCACGGCCCGCGGGCGGUCAUCGACGCCCUCGAUGCCUUUGACUUUCGUGAUGCCGUCGAUGCAAACUACUUCAAUGGCGAGUUUCCGUGGGAAGCAGUCGCCGCCGACGGCGUCGCCGCCCUGCCGCACUACGCCGCCUUUGAACCGGAUGAGAUGCGCGGUUUUUACGCCGCGCGCCAUGCUUGGUUCAACGUUGCUCCGCCCGUGCCGCCGCUUGUGCCGGCCGCGCCCGUUGGACUCAUCCCGCAGCCGCCGCUCCUGCCGCCACCCGGCUGGCGGCGUGGCGAUCCGAUUCCACGGCGGGCUGUCCCUCCGCCACCGCCGCCACCCAUGGCUGCUGGUCCGCCUCCACCGCCACCGCCGAUGGCUGCUGGUCCGCCUCCACCGCCACCGCCGAUGGCUGCUGGCCCGCCGCCGCCGCCACCGCCGAUGGCUGCUGGCCCGCCGCCGCCGCCACCGCCGAUGGCUGCUGGUCCGCCGCCGCCGCCGCCGGCGAUGCCGCCCAGGCACCAGCGCCAGGAACCGCUCCAGGUGCCGCGAACCCGCAGUCGCUCGCUAGUGCAGCGUCUAAUCGGCAUUACCCAACAGUUCCGCCUCGACGCGGCCCUCCGCACCUCCUCGGAGGAGGGCGGCGAGUGGGUGGCCCGGUGCCAGGCCGAGCGCGACGCCAUGUACACCGUCCUGGCCACCAAGGGGGUCCAGCCUGCCGACGUGGAGGACGCGCUCAUGGGAUACCUGCCUUACGCACACUCGCUCGUUGCCACCUUUGAGGAGCAUCCCGAGAUGCGGACGGACAAGAUCAUCAGCUACGCAUGGACAUCGCUGCUCUAUCGCAAGUCAAAGGUGCUCAAGAUCGCUAACAAGUACUACGACGUGACCAUGAUCACCAACGGCGUCGCCGCUGCAAAGGCCAACGCUGCCACAAAGCUCCUGGCUGACGUCGUCUCGGAGGAUGGCUUCCAUGACGUCGUCGGUCGUGCCGCUCAGCUCUACCGUGAGGCUGCCGGUAUCUGGGAGUUUGCCGUCGAUCGCUACCUCCCGCGCUGGGUCAACUGGCCGUCGGUCCGCCCGCCCGAAGUCAUGAUCCCGGUCAUGCAGGCCUGCGCGUUGGUUGCCCUUGCCAGCGCCCAGCAGUUGACCGUCAAGAAGGGCGCCCUGACUGGCGUCUCGCCCUCGCUCCUCACCCGCCUCCUCCUCGACGUCAAGGACAAGUACGAGCUCGCCCUUUCUCUCAUCAAGGGCUCGUCCGAGUACGAUGACAUCGAAAAGGACUUUCGCAAGUUCCUCUCCGUCAACGCACAGUUCCACAAGGCCAUUGCCUUCAAGUUUAUGGCCCUCUCCAAGUACUCGCCCGACUCGGGCGAGACCAUCGGCGAGGCCGUCACCCUCAUCAACGUUGCCAAGGACGCCCUCGACAAGACCGGCUACCGCUCGCUCGACUCGAGCCUCGCCGAGCUCAAGGCCGCCAUCACCGCCGAAGCCGACGAAAUCGACGACCUGCAUCGCCUCUACAACCGCGAAGCCGACCAAGUCUACUUUGCUGCUCCCGUAGACCUCGCCCUCAUGGAGCUGCCCUCGGCUCGCGCCGUCGCCAAACCAAUCGCCUUUGACGAGCCCGAGCUGCUGUUCAACGAGCUGUGA